GGAGCCGACGCUGUGGGAAUACUGUGUUGAACCCUAAUUCCCCCCUUCUUCCCCCAAAAAAUUCCCUCCUCGCUAUCCCGCACUAAGCCCUGCUCGGGGGACAUGGAUCCCUUGUUCAUGGCCUGCAGCUAUUUCAGGCGGCGCAAGUUCCAGUUGUGCGCUGAAAUCUGUACCGCGCUGCUCGAGAAAAAUCCGUACGACCAGGCUGCAUGGAGCUUGAAGACUCGAGCCUUGACAGAGAUGGUAUAUGUGGAUGAAGUAGAUAUAGAUCAAGAAGGAAUAGCGGAAGUGAUUUUGGAUGACAAUGCUAUUGCACAGAUUGCCCGACCCGGAACAUCUCUAAAACAUCCAACAACAAGUCAAGCAGGAGGUCCUAGCCCAGCUGUCAGGCCCAUGUCUCAGGCCGGGCGACCCAUCAGUGGGUUUGUUAGACCAGGCACUAGCUCUGGCAGACCUGGCACUAUGGAGCAAGCCAUCAAGACCCCAAGAACAGCCUCCACAGCCCGGCCAGUUACAAGUGCUUCUGGAAGAUACGUUAGGCUGGGAACGGCCUCGAUGCUUACUAACCCUGAUGGACCAUUUAUUCAUUUGUCCAGACUAAAUAUAUCCAAAUAUGCUGGAAAACCCUACUUAGCUAAGACACUUUUUGAAUAUAUCUUCCAUCAUGAAAACGAUGUAAAGAGUGCUUUAGAUUUAGCCGCUCUUGCUACUGAGCAUUCUCAGUUUAAAGACUGGUGGUGGAAGGUGCAGCUUGGAAAAUGUUAUUACAGGUUGGGUUUACAUCGGGAAGCAGAGAAACAGUUUAAAUCUGCUCUCAAACAACAGGAAAUGGUCGAUAUAUUCCUUUAUCUCUCGAAGGUCUACAUUCGUUUGGACCAGCCAUUGACUGUGCUCGUGCUUUUGAAGGAAGGACUGGACCAUUUCCCAGGAGAGGUUACUCUGCUCACAGGAAUAGCUCGUAUACACGAUGAAAUGAAUGACAUUGUUUCAGCCACUGAAUAUUACAAGGAUGUUUUAAAACAAGAUAACACCAAUGUAGAAGCCAUUGCCUGCAUAGGGAGUAAUCAUUUUUAUUCAGACCAACCAGAGAUUGCACUACGGUUCUAUAGGCGACUCCUCCAGAUGGGUGUCUAUAAUUGUCAGCUCUUCAACAACCUAGGGCUCUGCUGCUUUUACGCCCAGCAGUAUGAUUUGACUCUGAGUUCAUUUGAAAGAGCACUUUCACUGGCUGUGAAUGAUGAGGAGGUGGCAGAUGUGUGGUACAACCUUGGGCACAUAGCGGUGGGAAUAGGAGAUAUGACUUUGGCCUACCAGUGUUUUAAACUGGCACUAGCUAACAACAAUGACCACGCAGAAGCUUAUAACAAUUUAGCUGUGCUUGAGAUGCGCAAAGGGCAUCAUGAACAGGCCAAGGGAUUCCUGCAAACAGCUGCAUCUUUAGCUCCUCACAUGUACGAGCCACAUUAUAACUUUGCUGCACUUUCAGAUAAGGUUGGAGACCUUCAGAGCAGUUACGUAGCAGCUCAGAAAUCAGCAGCUGCAUUUCCAGAACAUGUCAACACACGUCAACUAAUCAAACAACUGCAGCAGCACUUCUCAAUGCUUUAAGAACCAUCACAACUUAGUAAACCUGAGAUGACACUUUCUGUGAUUAACUCUGUUGAAGCCAUAAUAGUGCUAUUAUCAUGCUAUGGCAGCAAAGUCACUGAUGUCAUAAAUCUCAGUCUUGAUUUAUGACAUUGAGGCUCGGGAGAGUAAUUUGGGUUUAGUAUAUGGAAUUUCUGAGACCAGAUUAGUGCAGUUGCCCAAUGGCUAAAGCAACACCAGACUAAAAGGUUUGAGGUAAUGCUGCACAUUUCAGGCUGUAGUCAGUUUUGGACAAAAUUCAGUCUCUUGACAAUAAAAGGAAUAAAGAUACAAUAUGAAAACUAUAAAAUCCCCAUCAUUUAAUAAGAUAUACAUUUUGGUUAUAUAUAUUAAAAAA